CCUCGGCGGUGGCGCGGGCGGCGCGGACGCGGGCUGCCAGGGCACGAUGUUUGCGCGAGGGCUGAAGAGGAAGUGCGCGGAGGACGAGGAGGCCGUGCCCGCGUACAGUCUGCAGCGCCAGUCUCUCCUGGACAUGUCGCUGGUCAAGCUCCAGCUGUGCCACAUGCUGGUGGAGCCCAACCUGUGCCGUUCGGUCCUCAUCGCCAACACGGUCCGGCAGAUCCAAGAGGAGAUGACCCAGGACGGGAGCUGGUGCGUGCCGGUGCCCCAGACCGCGGGGCGGGCGUCACGCGACCGCCUGGUGUCCACGGAGAUCCUGUGCCGCUCGGCGCGGGAGGGGGCGCGCCCGGCCCCCGACCCCGGAGACCCGGCCUCUGAGCUCCAAGUGGUCCCAGCAGCACAGGCUCCCGGGGCCCCUCCCGGUGGCGCUUGGGACGGGGACGGUCCUCGAGAAAACAGAGGAAGCUUUCACAAGUCGCUCGAUCAGAUAUUUGAAACACUGGAGAGUCAAAGCCCCGGUGCGGUGGAGGAGCUGUUUUCCGACGUGGACGGUUCCUACUAUGACCUGGACGCUGUGCUGACCGGCAUGGUGGGCGGGGCCAAGUCGGGCCAGGACGGGCUGGAGGCCUUCGCCUCCGCGGCCGCCCCGCCCCCCAGCGCCAGCUGCAAGUCGGACCUGGGCGAGCUGGACCACGUGGUGGAGAUCCUGGUGGAGACCUGAGCCGCGGCUGCGGCUCACAGCAGAUGUGUUUGUGAGGCCCACGAAAACAGCCGGCGCGCUGGGGGUGUGGGUGCCCGCUGCCGUGCAGCCGGGGCUGGCCUCUGGUUUGUCUGCGAUGAGGAGACCGACCCAGAACAGCAUCCGGUCCGCCCGCUCCCCCCUCUCUCCCUCCCUCCCAGGGCUGGGCUGCUUUCCCGCAGGCGGGUCAUCGCGGCCGCCCUGGGCCCUCGUCUGUGUCCUGCUACAGCCCCGCUGGAGGAUGCCAGCCCCCUUCGGCAUCCAGCCUCAUCCAACUUUAGAUAGGUGAAUUUUCUAAAAUUAAGUUUUAUAUGUUUUGGGCAAUAUUUUGUCUUAAGAUAUAUUUUUAAACUUUUUAUACUUUUAUCACUUUAGAUUUUUUUAGCUAUUUUCUUAAAAAUAUAUUUUUUCUAUAAACAUCCUCUGCUGCUAUAUUAGAAACUUCUAUAACCUAAACAGUUGCAGUUGGUGUGUUUCAUUUUUUUUAAGGUUUAACACACACUGUUCUUUUUCCAACAAGCGUCACUGCCCUGAGUCUGCAGUCCACACGUUGUGAUUUCCGCUUUCGACUCGGGUGUGAGCCUUGCCCAUAUGCACUGCUGCGGUCAGAGCGAGGUCCGAGUUGAAGGCCUUGCACGGCGGUGCCUUUACCAGAUCUGCUGUGCGAGACACGUCUCUGUUAGAGGGUUUUAUUUAUGCCUAUUUAUGUAUAAGUGUCUUCAGAGCCGACGGUCAGGUACGGUCAGCUGGGGAUCACGCGUGCCCUGAGGUGUCUUAGGCGGUGCCUUCAGAGGGUCUGAGACUCGGGGCCCCUCCCGCGCGGGUUCCCAGCACAGCUGACCUUCCUCCCAAAGUUGCUGCCCUCCGCGUGCCCCUGCCUGGCCAGGCUGCUGGACCCGCGUCAGUUGGGCCCGUGUGCCAGCGUGUUUGGGGAAGGCGCGUGUCCGUGCACCACUGGAUUGGAGAAUGGUGGCAUAAAUUGUAAGUCUAGGGUUAAAGAAGUCUACACAUGUCAUCUGUGGGCCCUCGAUCUUGAGGGUCGUUGACGGUGGGGUUGGCUGGGUGGUGUGUGUGCCCUGUGACCCUGCCCCAGGCACCGAGACCGCCCGCGACUUUUAGAUCUUUUUCACUUGUUUACAAGUGAGACUGUACUCUCUCCGCACGCCCACCCCACGUUUCCCGUUUCUCGUGCUUUUUCUUCCUUCUCCAGCCCUUAGCCAAAAAGGGUUGUUUUCUUUUGCGCAUAUGCCAUUCUUAGUAUCAGGGGUGUGCACCUCAUUUUAUUAAAAAAUUAUCCAACAAAGUGGAAAUGUGUUGUCAAUUAUCUCCCAUGUCGUAGUCCUCGAGUGGAUCUUUUUACCCGAGUUGAGCUCAGCCAGAUGAUUUAAGGGAGGCUGUGGGGCUGCGAAGGGAUUCCACGGGGGUUUGACGACAGGCGGGCUGUGGGACGUCUUCAUCACCUGACCUCGCAGGGCUCUGAGGCCGCUCUCCCCACCCCAGCUCUCGUGGCAGAGGACAGGCGAGGGGCCGCGCGCUUGCGUGUGGGCCGACGGCGGGAGCCUAGCCCGGUCGGGAAGCUGUGGGUGAGAGGCGCUUCCUUCAGAGUUUGAAAGUAUUUCCUUGUGGAAAGUAGCUGAAGUGUAUGUUUUAUAAGCAACAAACCUAAGCGCUAUUUUGUGUCUUUAUGGCAUUUCUAUCUUUUUAAAACAUUUGCUCAGUUUGAGGGUAGCUACGGUGUCUUAUCUGGCAGCCUUCCGCAGUGUGACACAGGCAGGGCUCAGGGUGGGGAGCGGGUAGUGCCUGUAGCCAGGCUUCGGCUUUAGGGUCCCCAUCCCCUGAGAGGCUGAGACCCCAGCCUCCUUUCUGCCCCUGCUAGUGACCCCUCCUUCCUCCUUUGCUCUCCGGGUUCUUUCCCAGCCCCCCACUCUCAUUUCGGCAGAUCCCUCGAGGUGCUGAUGGCCUAGACGUCCCGGGCAGGGCGGGGUGGGGCCCUGCUGGACACCGAUUCCCCUGGAAGCAUCAGAGCUCCUCCACAGAGGAGCAGAGGCAGGUGGCCAGUUGCGAACGACGGAUUUGAAUUGAAUAUGGAAGUGUGGGGUGGGCUGGGGCUUCAAACUCCCGGGAGCGUGUGGCCGCGUGUUUGUAAACUCUGCAAAAGGAAGGCUGCUGCCUUCGCCCCACCACCUCUCCUGGGCUGGUCCUGGGCUCCGGGUAAGGAAGCUGGGUUUGUGGGGAGUGAGUCACGGUGCGUGUCUGCAAUUGCUUCUGAGCACAGCUGAGCUCUGGCCAGCUCCUCCCCCGGAAGGACCUGGAAUUCGCUUGCUGCUGUCCGCAGCGCCCCCGAUGUGUCGGGAGCACGUGGAGGGAGGGGAAGUGGGGUUUCGUGGAUGGACGCAGCAGCCAGCCCUCGAAAGGAAAGACUCCGGAGGGGUUCCCAGCCCUGAGGACAGUUCAAGGUACCAGGCUUGGCCGGUGGCAAGUCCUCACACUGAAACGUCUGAACCGAACCGUCGCUAAUAAACAUACGGGACAUCGAGUUAUCUUUAUGGACAGUAAGUGAUAAGAGAUUAUCAUCACGAGAAGGUGAUUAAAAAGCUCCUAGGCAAUGCAGGUUGAAGUACUGAGACGUGUCAGGCAGUGAUUAAUUCCAGUUCUGUUACUUUCCUGGAGUUUACGAAUUCCACUCUUAAGCACUGCUGGCGUUGCUUCCCGCCAUAUUUUGAUGUUGUAUUUUCCUUGUCAUUCAUUUUUAGAAUAAACAUUAUCACGUGUCCUCCUGUCUGUUGCUUCCUCCCCCACGUGCCUGGUUCCUGGGCCGGCAGACUCCAGCACGGGGUCCCCGGGCAUCUCUCGGCUCCCGUCUGUGUGGUCACUCAGGACUCCUUCUCUAGCGUGGAGGCGUCGAGGAAGCCAGGCUCCUCUUUACACAAUGGCCAAGGUCUCUCCAGGCCUGUGUCUCUGAACCCAGCUCUGUGACGCUGAUUGAGACGUGGCGGCAGAAACCCCAGAGUGCCCGCCAGAGGGGCUUUCUCUCUGCUCUGCGACCCCCACUUCUGCGAGAGCUGCCUUCUGCUUGGGGGAGGUUUCUUGCAGCUGUCCCCCUCACGCCCGGGCUGGAGGACGGGUCCAGACCUGCCCGCCGCUGGGGCUGCUCGGGACUGGACUCUGCUGGCGCAGCGUGCAGCUGGAAGUCUCCUCGCUCGCCGCCGGGGCGAUGAGAGCGGCUGCGGGCCUCCUCCGUCGCCUAAUUUCAGUCAGUGUUUUAGAUCUCUCUGCAGUCUUAACCGCGCUUGUUUUAAACCGUGGUUCGGUAGCUGGCUUGUUCUGUCCAGGGUGAGAGUGACUGCCUCUUACACCCCGUACUCCUGAACCAGGUGGCCAGUCGGCGCUUAACCGCGUGCCGGCCUGUCUCUCCCAACUCAAGAAGUCCCCUCCUCAAGCAGAUGGGCUGGACAUGAGGACACAGAAUCAGGCAGACUUGAUGUCCGAUUAGACGGGGAGUGAGGGGGAGGGGAGCAAUGGUCUCUGGCUCGAGGAGCUGGGUGGGGGGAAGAGUCCGGACUUGGGGCCUGUGGAGUCUGGGACUCCUGCAGGGACAGCUGGAGGCCAGCUGGACGCUGGGCCAGCGAGGGGAGGGGAGAGCUCGGCUUACAGCCAGGGGCCAGGGAGGGCAGCUGUGAGGACAGUAAAAUGACAGCAUCUGAGUGUGAAUCUGGGGGGGAGGCACAGUGGCAUAUUCUGGGUUGUCACGUCUAACUUUAACCAAAGGCUAGGAAAUGAUGCCACGGCCCAGGUGAUCUCUGCUGGUGGGGUCCUGGGGGACCCCAGAGUGGAUGCUCCCCUUUGACGGAAGCAGCACGGCAGAAAGCAGCUUCCAAAUUCCCACCUCUUUCUGGCUGAAAAUGAGAAAUUAGGCAGAUUUCCCAAACAUACAGCCCCCCCAAAUCUGUUACCUCUUAACAUAAGCCUCAGAUCCACAGGUGGUCUGUGGAGUGGCCGAGGGU